CAUUCCACGCUGACAACUCACUCCGCCACACACUACACCUCCCUAGCGCAUUCACUAGCUCCCCAUCAGACACCAUCAUCCUUCCCCGCCACCCAUCCAGCCCACUCACCCGGCCUCCGAGGAAUCCCCAAAGAACAAACACACUUCUCGUCUCCCCCGCUACUAGUGUAUUGGAUGUCUACCUUGUCGGACAUGCCCCUCCGCCCCACGCUUCCUGCGCCCCGCCAGUCACAUCGCUCCCACGUGGCACUCUCCCAGCCCAAGGCUGCUGCUCCGCCACCCUCGUCCCGCCCCGUCACUCCCUCCCGCCCCAGGGGCGACAUUCCACGCAAAUCCUCCCAGCCGCCCUCCAGCUCCAGGCCGUACUCGCCUGCAGGAGAUAUGUCGGAUAAACCGCCCAUGACGCCUUCUCCCAGACCUCAAAGGAGGCGGAGAGGCGGGAACAAACCUUCGGCCCAGCGCGCACAAGCUUCCGCUCCGGCCGUCAUGGCUGUAGAUGGCGAGGCUGUUGACAGAGAAUCUGGCAACUCUGGCGAAGACUACGCGCAGGAAGAUGAAGACGCUCUCUUCGACCUUCUUGGAGUCGUCUCUCCGCCGAAGAGCGUCGAGCCGCCGGCGCAGCUAGAGAACAGGCCGGGUCUCAUCGUCCUUCCCAAAGGAGAAGGUCCUAACGCUGUCAAGAGGCCGAGAAAGACGCGAAAGUCCAAGAAGACUGUUGGCCAAGACUCAGAGCUGCUUGUCAAAGGCAACGAUGGUCUUGCACGACCCAGCGCUCAGCAAGACGGUCUGCCGGUUGACCCGGCGCGUAAGAGCAAGUCCAAGAAGCUCACUAAGCCGCAUCUCGCCGCAAGAGCCUCUGCUCCUCCCGCCCCAGUCCAGACCACCGCCAACCCACCUACUCUUGACCAGCUUUUGGCUUCCACUAUACCCACAGCGCCUUCACCCAAGCCCCAUGCCAAAGGUGUGCAGCGAGAUCGGGAUGACGGUACCUUUGAAAUGUCUUCAUUGAGUCAAAAUCUUCCAUCCGAUAUGGAAGAUUCCGGAAAUGGGCAGCAGAAGAAAGGAAAGAGUAAGAAGAAGGAAGAUGCGGGUGCAGUUUGGGAUAUGCCUGACGCCAUCGGCGGUGGUGAGCUUACCUGGCAGCAAAAACUGACUCAGACGGAGACUCCCACACGCACCACUCGUAAAUCGUUUCAGUCUGAACGUAAAGGGAAAUCCAAAUUGUCCACUCUGUAUGACCCCAAUCGGGCUGCCGACAACAACGGUUUUCUCAGUCACGCUAAACACCUCUCCUACGACUCUAUCCCUACUCAACUCGCUCAGCCUAUCUCUACCGCACAACAACGACUCCCCAUCUCUGCAUUUGACGGGCAUAUACCCUUCCACACCGGGUUCAACGUCCAUCGCCCCCCCCAAACCCCAGCAAAAUCGGUUGCGUCCGUUCACGGCAACUUGUUGAUGGGUGAGGGAGCUCUACCCGUCAUCCCUGGUGACUUCCCCAGGAUCAACGGCGCUGGCGGAGUACCAGUCGGUGGACCCAAGUAUGCCGGACCUACGUUCCACAACAGUCCUCAUGCGGCGACGUUGAGCAAACCCGAUUUAGAAGAUUUUUAGAUUUUGGGACUCUGGGGGCUCUUGGGUUUGCAUAUCAUUGGUUUUUUUUUCGACUUUUGAAAAUCUUAUCGACAACGGCCCUCUUUUUAAUCCGACAUCUCUACAAACCAUUCGACAAUUUCGUUUUCUCUUUUUUUCCCUCUCGACCCAUGCUCGAUUCUUGUUGUGCUACCUAUUACCCGCUAUCACUCAUUCUGCACUUUGCCGUCGCACCACCGUCCGACACUCUUUCAUACCUCCGAUCUCAUAUCGGUUAUGUGUAUAUUACAACCUCAGCAGUUCAAGUUUCGACUGUCUACAAGCAAACCCUCAUUUAUUUCAACAAAACACAAUAUCAUGAUAGACAGAGAACAAAGCCAGCAAACCAUCAAAUUGUGGUAUUUAUCUGUACCCAUUUUCCUCAUGUACUGUACAAUAACUUGUACUUUUAGCCCGCCUGCCACCUACCUCCCUGCUCCCUUUCCAAAGGGGCCACAGUCUGGCGAGUAUGUUGGGCUUUCUUGCCGACUUCUUGCGAUCCGUCACUUCCUCCAUAAUUAUGAUUUUUUAUUACCUUGAAUUUACCGAUUCUUGGUCUUUGACGUCCUCCAAAGACCGUGGAGUAGCAGUGUGGCGCAGGGGAUGAUGGCGAUGAGAGAGAGGGAGAUGUGGCGAAAGUGGAGAGGGUUAUAACCAGUGGGGUGGAAGAAUGACAUGUCGCUCAACCGGCGUGUACAGUAGCGGAUGGGGGUGAAGAUGCAACUUUUUGCCUCAUA